GUAAAUCACUUACGACAGACAGUAAAGAUUUCUUAAAGGCGGGGUUUCAGCGCUCAUAAUACAGAACAAGCGAUGAACAGACACAGUAAACGACGAUAUUUUCCAAAGGCUGAAAAGAUGCAACCUCGAAGAGGCAAGAAAUCUUUCAUCAGGGAUGAAAGAAAGAGCAAGGCAUGCCGGACCACUGAAUCAGUCACACCAUCAGGACUGCCAGAAGAACAUUUGGAUAUGAACACUACUUAUGAAAUCCAGUGUUCGUCUAAGGAUGGGCACAAGAGACGUAGAAGUGCAGAGAGCAAAGCAAUGGGUUUGUUUUUCAUUAGAUUCUCAUCUGUUUGAAUGCUAUAUUUGCACUUUAUGUGUUGUACUGUGUAAGAGUGGUUUCAAGGGUGGUUCCACAUUGGCUCUCUAGAAAUGGUGGUCUUAAAUAUCCAGAUUAAUUGAGAUCAAAAUUUGGGUUACUUCAAUACAACAGUUUAUUGUUUUUGUUGCAAUACAAUUAAAGAAUAACUAUAUAUAUAUAGUUGUCCACAUUUAAGUGGAUCGAACCAUUUUAUCAGCAUUGUCCUUAACUAUUCAACAACACCCAUUCUUCAUUAUGAGUCAAUCAUUAUAUAUGUGGAAAUAUAAAUUUCUAUCAUCUAAUUUCAAAUUAACAAUAAUCUACAUAUAACUAAAAAGUUAUAUUCUUUGGUUUUUAA